UAAAAGAGUAAAUAAUACAAGUGGAGAAGUUUAGGGAGUCAAGCGACGACUUGAGAAUGAAGUUCAUCCUCUUCAGAUUGAUUUCCACCACGUUCUCUUCACUCUCUCCGCUCCUACUGUUUUCCGAAUCAAGGCCCUGACGUGGUUCUUAAUUGUGACUGAGAUCUGGUACAGUCGGACAAAACAGUCGAUGGAGCUUCACUUUAUCGCCGAUGGGGGCUGCGGGCACCUUAGCGAGAGCGAUCGCAAGGCAAUCCGAAGCCAUGUCAUGAAAGGCAAAAAUCUAGGCAGAUGGCGGUCGCUUGGAAGUAGACCACGCCAGAAACAGCUGAAGCAACUGGAGGAGCAUCGCAAUGUAGUGAGCCGUGUUGCACGGACUCCGUCCAGGAGUGCCCCAGAGUUCGCCAACUCCCCAACUCAACCCGUUCCACUAUUACCUGCCCCUCGCCAGGUAGGAUCGGCGGUUUCUACCAUGUCUUUGGCCGACAGCGUUGAGCCUAAAAUCUUCGAAAUUGUUCUUCGAUUUUCGUCUAUUGCCAAGCAGAUACUCUUCUCCAUUGAGCCGUGCAUCUUCUUUGAACGAAGGGUUGAGCAUUGGGUCGCGCCCCUGGCCAUCGACGCCGCCUAUCUCCAUGCUAACAUCUCACACUCAUUAUAUUAUCAUGAUGUGGUCUUGUCCCUAGCAACAUCCCGUGAGAGUCGUCGCACGUGGUAUUACCACCACACCAAAGCACUUGGCCUUAUUCGAGACCGGAUCAACUCAGAUAAAGGGGAUUCUCGGCUUUCUAGUCGCACCAUUUCAGUGAUACUGAUAUUAGCUAGUCAGGCGUUCAUUACAGGCGAUCUGGAAACUGCGAGAAAACACUUAAAUGGAAUAAGUAUAAUUGUUAACCUGAGAGGUGGCUUCAGCAUCUUCGAAAGAGAAGGCAACGAAAAGCUCGCAACAGAGAUUCUGAGAUGUGAUCUCGGGUUGGCGGUACAUAGUGGCACAAAGUCCCUCCUGUUUCCCAAAUUGGCCGAUGAGUGGCCGUACCCAUCGCUGUCCGUUUUCCUCGAUCACAACAGUCGCAAUUUGAAUGUCGGCCUACAGCUAGCUCAAAUGACGGACAUGUUCUACCAUGACGGGCUCACCUCAAUAUGGAACACCAUGUCCGACUUCUGUUCCGUUAUUAACUGCGCAGCGAUUUCGGAGCAGCGCAUAACUAUGAAGCUCUUUCUUAACUCCAUGGCCUCGAUCAUGUAUCGAUUGAUUGAUAUGCAAAUUGAGCCCUCUUCAAUAAGCGAAGUUAUCCGGUUAGGUCUCCUAUGUUCAUGUUGUAGCGUGUUCCUGCAGUGGCAGCACCUAGGCAUAUCUUAUACACACCUCAGCUUCUCAGUAAAGAGAUUAUUUCUCGAAUUGAAUGGGAAAGAUAUAUUCGUCUCGCAAGAAUUCGCCUUCUGGCUCUUCAUUAUUGCUUCCAUUUCAGUUCUCAGCGACAGCGACGCAGAUUGGCUUCAUCCCCUUUUACGACAAGUAGCAGGCACACUCGAGCUUCAGACUUGGGAUCAGGCACGGAAACUGUUGUCAACCAUCAUGUGGAUCGACAGCGUACAUGGAAAUGCUGGGAAACGCGUUUUUGAGGCAGCAAUUCUACAUGUAUGCUAAGCUCAUUCAAUCAUAGCUCAACAGUACCAUCUCCUGUAUUGAGUCACUCAACAAUGCAAACCUUCAAGGAUGUCGAGGUUUCAAUGUCCGGAAAUAUUCCGGUGACUCACGAGGACCCUAGUGCGAACAAUUUGACAAGGGGUCUAUUCAUCAGAUGGUAUACGAACUCUUCACAGAGCUCAUCAUGAGCUGAUGGAGUAAAAUGCCCUUCGUAUACUCGAAUUCAGGAAACCGGUUUAUUGGUAGCUACGCCAUUAAUGGUUAUAUUCCUAAGCAUUCUAUGUUAUACCAUGUUAAUCUCGACGUUUAGGAUUAUAUAACGGUUCGUUGCUUUUGCUUAGGCCCGGCUUAGGUUAACUUAAGCCCAAUUUAGUUUUAAUGAGCUUAGCUCAGGAUUCUUUAAUUUACUUAUUGCAAAGUUGGCUUCAUGGAGGGCAAGGUAUCAGGAUUUCCAAAGUCCAAAAAUAAGGCGGAUGAAUAUAAACGAAAAUAGCUUAUGUUAAACGUAGCUACCUUUAGCUAUAAAUGGAGCUAAACUUUCCUAAAG